AUGGAAACGAGUCCCGGCCGUACGAUUAAGCUCCUCUGCAGCUACGGCGGCAAGAACCUCCCACGCGCUACCGACGGCGGGAUCCGUUUCAUCGGUGGCCACACUAGAGUCACCGUGGAUCACUUGUUGGUAAAGGUAGGAGCGUUGUGCGGUUCGUCUGUGACGUUCUGGUGUCAAUUGCCGAACGAAGACUUAGAAACCUUGAUCUCCCUCACCAAUGACGAAGAUCUGACGAACAUAAGCAAAGAAUAUGACCGCGCUUCGUCGAAACUACCUCAUCCGUUGAAUACCAGAGCCGUGCUGUUUCGGCCAGAAUCGUCGAAGAAGGUUUCUCCGGCAACAUCGUCUCCGUUGAAGAAGUUGAAGAUGGCACUUAACAUAAUCCGAAAUAUUUAA